GGUUUUACUGUGAAAGGGGUUUCCGGUGCGAGCUGCAGUGUUUGGUUUCCUGGAGCAAGUUUGUGCUGGUGGAGCAGCUGGACGACGCGGGGACACGGCUGAAACACUCCAGCAGGAAGAAGCUCAGCUCAGAGAUGCAGACCAUCAAGUGUGUGGUGGUGGGCGAUGGAGCAGUGGGAAAAACCUGCUUACUGAUCUCAUACACCACCAACAAGUUCCCCUCUGAAUAUGUGCCAACAGUGUUUGACAACUAUGCAGUAACUGUAAUGAUCGGGGGGGAACCAUACACCCUCGGAUUAUUUGACACCGCAGGUCAGGAGGAUUAUGACAGGUUGCGACCACUAAGCUACCCUCAGACCGAUGUCUUCCUAGUCUGUUUCUCAGUUGUUUCACCUUCUUCAUUUGAGAAUGUUAAAGAAAAGUGGGUUCCUGAGAUAACUCACCACUGUCCUAAGACCCCGUUCCUACUGGUAGGCACUCAGAUCGACCUGCGUGACGACCCGUCCACAGUGGAAAAGUUAGCGAAGAACAAACAGAAGCCAAUCACCCCUGAGACGGCAGAAAAGCUGGCCCGUGAUCUCAAGGCGGUCAAAUACGUUGAGUGUUCAGCCCUAACUCAGAAAGGAUUAAAGAAUGUGUUUGAUGAGGCAAUACUGGCAGCCCUGGAGCCUCCCGAACCUAAGAAAAGACGUAAAUGCGUUCUGCUCUAAGUUUCUUCAGCGUUCCUCACACCACUUUCCAAAUCUAAGUUAUCAGUAUUGAAGAGGUUUUCUGCACAAGCACAUUCCAUCACAAGUUGAUAUAUCAUUAAAUAGCUUUAAUUAGCCUUCUCACUGACUUAAUCUGGAUUUGUUUUUAAUGUGUUAAAUGAUUUUAAGAUUUUGUAAGCUGUGUUGUGUGGGAUAAUUUGAUGCCACUCAAAUGGUCGCACAAGAUAUGAAGUUUGAUGACUGAAACCAUUCACAAAUUGGAGAGGACACUUUGAGAUAAUGCUUUAAUCCAAAAGAACUGACAUGGUGUGUGUUAUUAUCAGAGCUGUUGUUUUAAGUGUUCUGUAAAACAAAAGCUGGUAGUAAGAGUUUAUUUAAAUGCUUGAAUUACACAAAAAGCUAUUAUUUUGCAGUUGGAACAUGAAACAAAAUUUUGUUGAAACUGCAUCAUUCUUCCAACUCAAGUUUUUACAAUAGCAGUAUAAAUACUGCUUAGCUCAAAGAAUUCCAGUAUUUUGUUUUCCAGAACAAUUUUAGGACUUCCGUCUCUCUUCCUAUCUUACCAGGAGUUAAUAGGAAUAUUUAACUAAUUCCAACAUAGAAAUGCUCUGUUUGAUAUUGCUACAUAGCACUCUACCUUGGGUACAGUUUGCCAAAAAAAAAAAGAAAACCUGUCAGAAUAAUACCUGAUGACUGAGGUAGAAAGUGUAUGCAUAUUAGACUAAGCCCAAAGAUCUUAUGUACACUUUCAAAAGCUUUGAACUUUUAUGAAUUUGCAGAUACUGAUUUGGCUGUCUGUUACUAUGGAGGCUUUCAAAAAGUUCAGGUCAGCCCUAUGAAAGACAGUUUUACUAUGAAGUAACUUGAGCACAUGAUCGUACGUAUAUGCUCUUUCUGACUGCUGAUUUAGCCUGGAGGUGAUACAAGUGUGAAAUGGGUUUGAAGGUUUAACUUAGUAAAAGUCUGUUAUGUCAGGCUACUUAACAAAAACAGUUGCAUGUGCAUAAUUAGUCUUAGGUCUUGUAAAAUUCUUAAAUGACUGACCAACAAAACUUUUAUCAGUUACUACUGAGAGAGUGAGAAUAAGUUGUUUACCAAAUGAAAUCUGCAGCACUAACAGAGGUUUGGGGAAGUUGAGAUGACACAAGUCAGUCUAAGCAGGAACAUGUUUGAGUUUUUUAUUUUUAUUUAAUUUGACAGUGAUGUACUGUACUUUACUUGUAAUGAAGCACCACAAUAAACCAGUAUUAAGAUUAAA